AUGUAUCUCUAAGAUUUGAGUUGUGUCUUACAUAUAAGAUAGGGGCUGAGAUAAUCUUUAUGCAUAUGGUAAAAACUAGCCACCAAAACACUUUAAAUAAGAGAUAAGAUCACCCAUUAAAGAUUUAGAAUGAUAAGCGCAUUAAAUAGAUUACAAGGAGCGGUUGUAGUGAAAGAUAAAAGGAUGAAUGGUUAUAAAAUGUAUCAGAGUUUUCAUUAAAUGCCUUAGCAAAGAAUCCAUAACCAUAAGUAGUACACUUGUCUGCUUAUUUAAAACAGUCUAGGGUUUCACUUCAUAUUUACCUCAAUUUUAGCUGAAGUUCUUAUGUCAAUAUCAACCAUCUAAAUUAGUCUCAGCCUGUUUUUUUGUAAUUUCUUGACAAUCAUAAUAAUAGUUCAUAUCUCUUUGUGUUUAUUAGUAAUACAUUAUGAAAAUAACAUGAAUUCUUGUGGAUCAAAUAUUCAUGUGCAUGUCUGCUUGUAUAUUACUCUGAAGCCAUUAAUAUUUGUAAUGAAUGUGCUCUUAAACUUUUGUAGAUAUGAGUUUCUAUUUUUGUGUUAUUACGUCCAUGAAUGCAACAUUUAAAUUUUUUUUGUCAAUAUUAACAUCACAUUUUAUAAGAGGCGAAGCAGAAGGUAAAUAAUUAACAAACCUUAAAUAAACCUACAAAUAGUAUUUUUUAAGCAAUCUCAACAAACAUAUUAUAUAUAUAUAUUUGGAUUUAGAUAAAAUCCAUCAUCGCAAGCCAGCUCAAACAUUCAUAGGGUGGGGCAAGGAGUUGGAAUAAUUAAUAAGUAGCUGAAAGGAAGUAUUAACAAAAGAGUUAAGCUUGUAAUAACAGGACGAUAUUUUUCACAACUGAUGUUAGAAUUGCUGUCUAAGGUUGAACAAGAAGUAAUGAAUGUAGAAAAAUUUUAUGUCAGGCACUAGUUAAUGAAGAUCUUGAUUCAGUUUAAUCAUCAUUACAUAAUGCAUAAGAAGCAGUUCUAAUAAAUAUCACAAAAAUAGAAACUAUAAAAUCAUAAGUUGAUUUUCAUAUACUGUUUGCCUAUUUACAUUUUUAUUCAAUUGGUAUACUCUCUUUUAUUUGAGCAUUACUUGCUUGAAAUCACUACUCCUAAAUUUAAUACUGAAUAUUGA